AUGAAAUCAUUACUUUGGAUCCAAGCUCUCCUGGUCCCAACCCUUGCCAUAACAUCACAAACCCCACUCCUCCAAGAUGAAGCACCCUUCACAGUCCAUCAAAGCAGCGUAUCGCCAGCCCACUCAAUCCGUAUCAAGCGUCAGAAUGCAUCUCUCUGUAACACACCCGUAGACCAAUAUACAGGCUGGCUAGAUGUCGGAGCUAAGCAUUUGUUCUUCUGGUACUUCAAAGCCGAGAACCCCGCCUACCAUGCCGCGUCUGGCUCCGCAUCAGAAUCAGAGCCUCUUGCACUCUGGCUCACAGGCGGGCCAGGCGGUUCGAGUAUGUUGGGCAUGUUGCAGGAACUGGGACCGUGUUUGAUUAACGAGUACGGGAACGGUACUGUGUAUAACGAGUAUGGUUGGAAUAAACACACGGCGUUGCUGUUUGUAGACCAGCCUGCUGGAGUGGGCUUCUCGUAUCUGGAUCAAGGGGAACCGGUGCCGGGGGAUUCGUUCACGACGGCGGUGGAUGUGCAUUUGUUCCUGCAGAUGUUUGUUAGUCAGGUUUUUCCGGAGCAUGGGGAGGGGCCGUUGGUUAUUACGGGGGAGAGUUAUGCGGGACAUUAUCUCCCAGCUCUGGGUGCUCAGAUAGUCACCCAGAAUGCCCUGCAUCCGAAGCAGCCACAGGUGCCGCUGAAAUCACUGGCUAUUGGCAAUGGCUAUGUGUCGCCACUGGACACAUCAUACGGCUACUGGGAGACCCUAUGUACGACGAACCCCGGCGUCAAAGAACCCAUCUUCAACUCAACGCGUUGCGAUAUUAUGGCUGCGAACCUCCCCCGCUGUAUGGACGUAGCGAGAACCUGCUACGAGCAUCCAGACCCUGCUAUCUGCCAAGCAGCAUCCGCAGUAUGCUGGUCCGGUGUCAUCGAAUUCUACGACGGGGAAUCCUACGCCGGUGGUCGAAAUCGUUUUGACAUAACUGCCCCGUGCGACAUCGACAGCUUCUGCUACGCAAACACAGCGCUCAUACAAUCCUACCUAAACCUGCCCUCAACAUUCCGCGCCCUCUCCGUCCCGGCCUUCAUCACGAACUUCACCGUAGAAUCCACGGCCGUGGAAAACGCCUUCAUGGCAACCAACGACCUAGAGAUCUCGCUCAUGCCCCAACUAACCUUCCUCCUGGCCUCCCAAAUCGACGUGCUGAUCUACCAGGGAAACUUGGAUCUCGCGUGCAACACGGCGGGCGCGAAGCGCUGGACGAGUAGUAUGGCGUGGAAGGGCCAGGCGGAGUAUACGGCGAAGGAGUUGAGGCCGUGGAGGAGUGGGGGGGAGGUGGUGGGGAUGGCGAAGGAGGUUAAGAUAGAGAUGGUGGAGGGGGAUGGGAAGAGGACGAGGUUUGCGCUUGUUACGGUGGAUGGGUCGGGGCAUAUGGUUCCUCAAGAUCAGCCGGCGGUAGCGCUGGAUAUGUUGGAUAGGUGGUUAGCUGGGAAAGCUUUUGAUUGA